GCUGUCACUAUCAUGUGCGCAGUGCGACACCGCAUGUUGAUUAUUAUUUAAUUUGAGCAGUUUAAAUAUAGUAUAUAACGCCCUAGAGGCAUUAUAAUAGUAUUCGCAUUUGUAUUUAUCAAAAAAUAAUAUACAAUGGCUUGCAAACUACACCGUGUUCGUUUUUAUAAUCCAAAACCAGAGCAAAUAAACUGUGUAUCUUUUAAUACAAAAAGCAAACUCUUAGCACUAGCAAGGCAGGAUGCAUCUAUUGAAAUAUGGGACUUAAACUUUGCACCUUUCCUUCUUAAAUUCAAACCAGGUGAAGCAAAUACUUCUGUAGAAGCUCUGGGAUGGGUUAAUCAUAGAUUACUUUCGACAGGCCUUGGAGGAGCUUUAUUAGAAUGGGAUAUGGAGACUCUUUCAAUAAAAUUUACAAUGAUUCUAACUGGUUAUGCUGCAUGGUGUCUAGAUGUUAACUCCAGUAAUACUCUGGUAGCAGUAGGAACUGAACAAGGCUAUAUCAAUUUAUAUUCAGUGGAAAAUGAUGAGAUUGUUUACAAAAAGAUUUUUGAUAAACAGGAGGGAAGGAUUUUGUGUUGCAAAUUUAAUAACACAGGCAGUGUGUUAGUAACAGGAUCUAUUGACACAAUCAGAGUGUGGAAUGUUGAAACUGGUCAUGCAACAAGUCGAAUGUCUGUUAGUAGAAGGGCAAAGGAAACUAUUGUGUGGUGCCUCGCUGUCCUGUCUGAUAAUACUGUCAUUUCAGGAGAUAGUCACGGAAGGCUUACUUUUUGGGAUGGUAAUCUAGGGGAUCAGAUCGAGUCAUACAAAUGCCACAAAUCUAAUAUAUUAUCAAUAGCAGUUUCUGAUGAUGAAAACAGUUUGUACUGCAGUGGAGUUGAUCCAGUUAUUAUGAAUUUUGUCAAAGUUAACUGUAGUUCUGGAAAGCAAUCGAGUGCGCAAUGGGUGAAAAAUGUGCAAAGAAAUAUACAUGAACAUGAUGUCAGGGCUCUUGUGAUAUAUGGUGAUAAGUUGAUAUCUGUUGGAGCAGAUGGUUAUCUGACUCUUUCAAGUUAUCCACCAAAAUGGGUGAUGAGGAUUCCGCCUAUGAUACCAGCUCCAAGAUCAGCUGUAUGUCCUCAAAAGAAAUUACUUUUAUUAAGGUACAGCAACUAUCUUGAAGUUUGGAAACUUGGUUCCUAUGCGGUAAAUGAAAGUGGUAAUGUAACAGUGACAAAUGUCAAUUUGAAUCAGAGUCUAAAACAAAAAGACAGUACUAAUGAACUAGAAAAAGAUUCUGAAAUAGAUGCUUUAAGUAUAACUGACAAUAAAUCGGAAAAACAACAUCAAGCAAAGAGUUUGAAAUUAACAGAAGCACCAAUUAAACUUGUGUCGAUUCAAAUGAAAGGAAAGAAACAAAUUAAAUGCUGUGACUUUUCACCAAGUGGGGAAUUGAUUGUGUACUCCACUGACAGUAACAUGACAUUGUUGAAGUUAGAAUGUGAUGAUGACCAAACCAAUAUAUCAUUAGCAAAAGUGUUAGUGAGUGGUCUUGAAUGUUGUGACCGCGUGGCCUUCACUGAGGAUUCGCGCACGAUGGUCGCUUACAAGGAUGGAGAGUUGAAAGUAUUACAAGUGGACCCUGAAGCAGGCGCUACUAUAGUGCAGAAUAUAGCUUGUGAAAAAUACCUCAGGUCGAAAUGUAUUCUCCAUCUCCAAAUAUCAAAAGAUACUCCAUCAAAAACGAUAUACCUAGUGGCGGCCGACACGCAGAGCGAUAUCGCUGUUUGGAUAAAGAAAGACAAUAAAUUUAGAUUCUAUGUCUCAUUGCCGAAAUACAGAUGCGUACCCUCCGCUUUGACAUUCGAUAACGAGGAGGAGAAGCUCAUCGUAGCCUACGUCGAUCAAGAGCUGAUCGAGUACGACCUGGUGAAGGCGAGGGCGGCGAAGAGCGCGGUGGCGGAGAGCGCGGCGUGGCGCGCGCGCUCGGUGGCCGCCGCCGCGCUGUGCGUGCCGCCCGCGCGCCCCGCGCACCCCGCGCUGCUGGCGCGCGACGACAGCUCGCUGUGGCUGCUGCGGAGCGACGCGCCGCAGGCUGAUGCCGAGGGGCCAACACCAAAGAAAAAGAAUAAAAAAAAGAACGCUGUAAAUCCUAACUCCCAAAUUAGAAUCAUUCCCAUAAAGUACUUGGCUGAUUUCCACUGGCUUGGAGACGAUGAAGCUGUGACGUUAGAAAUUUUACCCGAAAAUAUUAUAUCGCAGCUCCCACCAGUGAUAGCUACUAAGAGACAUAAUGUAUAAGCGUAAAUAUAUUUAAAAUAUAGGUACUUAUAUUAUUUCUAAAA